ACUUACCUACGAACUUUCUUCCUCAUUUUGUCCAACCAACACCACCCAGGAGUCUCGCGUUGCUUCAAAAGGAAAACAAUUGCUACCAUCAUUCCCACCGCUCGCUGCUUGGCACCUACAGCCACUACUACCGCCGCCGCCGCCGCCGCCGCCGCCACCAUUUGCAAUUCUCCUGAUUCUCAUCGCAUUUACUUUCAGUGGUAACAACAAAAGCAAUGGCAAAAGCACUUCUUUCCAUGAUCCUGGGGCAGUUGGAUGGUUUGUUCAUUCCGGAAGAGAUAAAGCAACAUGUUGGAUUGGCUGUUGAUCUUGAAGAAGAAAUCCAUAAACUCACCAGCAACUUUGAGGCCAUACAAGCUGUUCUUGAAGAUGCAGAAAGAAGACAGGUGAAGGAUGCCAGCGUGAGAUAUUGGUUAUGUAAGCUCAAAAGUAUUUCCUACGAUGUGGAGGAUGUGUUGGAUGAGUGGAAUACUGCGAAAUUCAAAUCAGAACUUCAGAAACAAGAAAGAGCAGCUGAACAUGCUCCUUUGCUGAAGAAGCUAUGCUACAGUUUGUCCUUCUCUUCCACUCAAAUCAUGCUACAUCACAACAUUGCUGUGAAGAUCAAAGAAUUGAAUGACCGAUUAGACUUUGUUGCUGCUGAGAAAGAUAGGUACAAGUUCGAACUAGGGAGGGGAGUUCAUGAGGAACCUGAACAUCGAAUAACUACCUCUUUCAUAGAUGUUACUGAGGUAUAUGGUAGAGAUCAAGAAAAGAAUGCUGUUUUAAAGAUAUUGUUGGAAGAGAAUAAUGAAAAAGCAUCCAAAGUUCAAAUUAUCUCUAUAUUAGGGAUGGGAGGAAUCGGGAAAACUACUCUUGCCCGACUAGUCUACAAUGAUAAUGCUGUGGAUAAUCAUUUUGACAAAAAAAUGUGGGCGAGUGUCUCGGAUCCUUUUGAUGACAUCAAGAUCGCCAAAGGAAUUCUUGAAGCUCUUGGAGAUGCUACAAACUUUGUUGAAUUACAAACUCUUCUACAUCAAAUUAGGAAGGCAAUUGUAGGAAAAAAGUUUCUUCUUGUUUUAGAUGAUGUGUGGAAUGAAGAUGACAGGAAGUGGGAACCCUUCAAAGAAACCCUCAGUUGUGGUUCUUUGGGAAGCAAAAUCUUAAUGACCACACGUAAGAAGAAUGUUGCAGUUAUAAUGGGUUGCACUACUUUGUUCCCACUAGGGAAGUUGCCCAAAGAAGAAUGUUGGCUUUUGUUUAGUCGGAUAGCCUUUUAUGGAAGGACUAGCAGAGAAUGCCGGAUUUUGGAAGAUUGUGGUAGGAAAAUUGCAGCCAAAUGCCAAGGAAUGCCACUUGCUGUGAAGACUAUUGGGGGUCUAAUGCGCUUCAAAAGAACUAUAGAACAAUGGCAAAGUGUUUUGAAUAGUGAAAUAUGGGAGCUGAAGGAAGCUGAAAGAGGUAUUUUCCCUCCCUUAUUGUUGAGUUAUUACGAUUUGGCCCCUGCUUUAAGACAAUGCUUCUCAUAUUGUGCCAUAUUUCCUAAAGACUAUGUGAUAGAGAAAGAUAGGCUGAUCAAACUAUGGAUGGCGCAAGGUUUCCUUAAGGAGAAGCAAAGCAAAGAUAUGGAAAUCCUUGGUCAAGAUUAUUUUGAAGACUUAGCAAUAUGCUCUUUUUUUCAAAACUUAGAAAGAGAUGAUGAUGGUAACAUAAUUAAAUGCAAAAUGCAUGAUAUAGUCCAUGACUUUUCCCAGUUUCUGACAAAGGAUGAGUGUUUCAUGGUAGAAGCCAGUGGUGUUGGACAGUCCAAGGUAGAUACUUACAGUGAAAAAGGUCAUCAUUUAAUGUUGGUGCUUGGAGAGAAGGUCACAUUUCCUACCUACCUUUAUAGUAUUAAACAAUUGCGUACGCUCCUUGUUGAACCAAGCAAUUUUUAUGGUUCAAUAAUGAGUGAAUCCUUACCCAAGUUGUUUAAUCAGUUGACUUGCCUGAGGACGUUGGACUUGAGUAUGAAAUAUCAUACUACCUUUGGUAGUUCAAUCACAGAAAUUCCUAAAGAGAUAGAAAAUUUGAUUCAUUUGAGAUACCUUAACAUGAGUAACAAUGGUGAUUUAGAAGAAUUGCCAGAUGCAUUGUGUGAACUAUAUAACUUACAAACCUUGGACCUCAGUUUUUGCAAAAAGCUGAAGAGAUUACCAAAUGGAAUUGGAAAACUAGUAAACUUGAGGCAUCUUAAGAAUUACGGUACUUGGAGAGUAAGGUCCAUGCCUAAAGGAAUGGAGAAAUUAACAUGUCUUCGAACACUAAGGGAGUUUGCAUUGGGGGAAGGUGGCAGUAAUUGUGAAACAUCUUCAAUUGGGAAAUUGGGAAGCUUGAACCACCUUCGAGAUUAUCUUGAGAUUAGAGGAUUGGGAAAUGUGAGAGAUGUGAAUGAGGCCAAGGAAGCAAAACUUCAGAGCAAGGAAUGCCUCCUUAAUCUGUUAUUAAAAUUUGAUAUGGAUGAGGAAAAUGCGGAAGGGAGGAUACCACAUGGCGAUGCACUUGUUCUUGAAGCCUUACAGCCACCUCCAUACUUGGAAUGUUUAGAGAUACAUAACUACAGAGGCCCCAGCAUAUUGCCAAGUUGGAUGUUGGCAUUGACUAACCUAAGGCAUCUUGCAGUGUGCUCAUGCAGAAACUGGGAGAGAUUGCCUCCCUUGGGGAAACUUCCAUUCCUUGAAUCACUUUGGAUCUAUGACAUGAGGAGAGUAAAGAAAGUGGGAGUUGAAUUUUUAGGGCUGGAAAGAGACGAGGAACAACCAUCUUCAUCCUCAUCUAUUAUUCCCUUCCCGAAUCUGAAAAGACUUGAAAUUCAUGACAUGAAUGAUUUGGAAGAGUGGGAAUAUGGGGUGAUUCCUUUCCUAGGCAAGAGAAAAGAGCAAACUACUAUAAUGCCAUGUCUGAAUUUCUUGUUGAUUAACAGAUGCCCGAGGUUGAAGUCACUGCCACACCACCUUCAAAAUUCAAGUAUUGAGACGUUGGAGAUUAGAUGGUGUCCUAUUCUGGAAAGUGGGUUCAAUAUCUCCGGUAUUCCUAACAUCCGAAUAAACUAUAUGGACGUGAAAAGGGAUAGAGUCUGAACUCUUCAUGGGUCCAGAACAUUGCAAACACAAGCAGAGGCUCUGGUUCAUUUGUUUUUACAUUUGUUACUAAUUUACCAAAUUGGAAUGCACAGUCUACAUUUUUGUCUGAAUCAAUGCAAUUUUGGAUAUGUUAAUCUUUUUCUGCAGCUUAUCAUUUGUAAUCUACGUGGUUUAUUAUUGGUGCAAAAUUCAACUGAACAUCAAACUGGUUUGCCCAAUUAGCUGUUGUACUCCCAAGUGCAUUCAAAAUUCAUGUCACAAGAUUUUGAAGUCCAAAUAACUGUGUAGCAGCAUCAAUGCAUGCAUGGUAAUUACUUUGUCUUUUUGAUAGACUUUUAUGGAUUUGUUAUUUAUAUAUAGUUUCUAUUAAAUGGCUUGCAACUCUGCAAAAAAAUAGAAAUUGUUAAAGCCAGUUAAAGCCUUAGAUUGACUGCUGGUUUUCCUGACAUUUUCCACAAAGGUGGUUCGCUGUCAUCAGACUUUACAUUUUACUACUAGCAACAAUUGUGCAAAGUAGAUGCUUAUUGCUGUUCACUUUCCAAGCAGUUGUGAUUCUUGUGGAGGUAUAUAUUGUGAAAUAAUGUCAUUAUUUAUUCCCAAAAUUCUCUGCUCAGUAUAUGUCUGCAUUUACAUCAUUCCAAACAGUGAAUAACGGCUGCCAAGUCUAUUGGAAAGUUUUGAUUACUUGUUUAGUUUGCAAAUUGCAUUGAAUGUAACAAAUAUUAUGAUCUGAAUCCAUCAUGAAAAUAUUUGCAGCCUGCUAAAGACAAACAUGACUUUUUCACAAUGAUUGUUAGUCAUAUCUCUUCUUCCGAGUCUCUUUUUUUAUCCUCAGAGUCUCAUAACAGUGUGCAAUUUAUUGUUUGUUAAUCAAAUCUUCUUGUCAUUAUUCACUCUC